AAUGAAAUUGACAUUUGGGAGGCAAUCCGUGUUGCCUACCCGUUUAUUUAUUUAGUUCAAGAUCGCCUCUAAUUUAUUCCGUAUGCUGUCGUAUUUCUAAAAUUAGUGCCAGAAACAGAUUUUCUCGAAUUGCACAGUCAUACGGCGGCGUUUAAUCAAAUCCCGGCGGAUGAUGGAAGGGGCAGCUACUCCGGUCGCUGAGGGGCCACCCGAAGAGGCAAUUAAGCCAAUUGGCUGCUCCCAUUACAAAAGAAAAUCCAAAUUCGUGACUCCGUGCUGCAAGAAAGUGUACACUUGUCGGUUCUGUCACGACGAAAAGGAGGAUCACUCAGUGAACAGGAAAGAAGUCACGGAGUUAAUCUGCACGAUAUGCGAGAAAAGGCAGCCUGUUCAAGCAGAGUGUCAGAACUGUGGCAUCAGAUUUGGCAAAUACACUUGCUUGGAGUGCAAUCUUUUCGACGAUGAAGACAAGAACCAGUUCCAUUGCUCUGGCUGUGGCAUUUGCAGGAUUGGGGGCUCGGACAAAUUUUUCCAUUGCGAGAAAUGCAACAUGUGCCUGCCAAUCCAGCUCAAAAACGGGCAUAAAUGUGUGGAGAACGUAUCGCGCGCCAAUUGUCCUGUCUGUCUUGAGGACAUCCAUACUUCCAGAAUUCCAUGCCAUAUUCCAAUGUGUGGCCAUUUGUUACACCGCACUUGUUUCAACCAAUUACUCAAAGCGGGACAUUAUGCUUGUCCCAUAUGUCAGACGUCCCUUAUGGAUAUGACCCAGUUGUGGAAGUAUCUUGAUAAUGAAGUUGCUCAUACGCCAAUGCCGCCACAGUAUAACUGUUAUUUAGUGCAAAUUUUAUGCAAGGAUUGUCAUAAGGAAGGAACUGUAAAGUUUCACGUGAUUGGUUGCAAGUGUAUUCAUUGCGGUUCUUACAAUACUUGUCGGAUUAAGGGGCCGUUUAAGCCGUCAGGGAGGAAUAGGCAAAACAGUUCAAGUCAAGCACAGUCUCUUCAGUAUGAAAACGACGAUGACGGUCCAUCUAGCUCAAGUGCUCAAGAAUCAUGAAAUUAUUAUCAUUAGACGUCGAUUCCAUUACCAUUAAUUAAGUCAAUUCGGCAGGUUACAACGUAUUCUUCGCAUUUCAUAUUUAAUUAUAUUAUCAAAUAGUACUAUUAGAUGAACGUCCCUACCAAUACCCUGAAUAUUAGUAUGUAUAUAUAAGUUGUACAUAGUGUACAAGUUUGUGUGAUUUUAUUUUUAUAUGAUCAUUUACAAAUAUUCAAUCUGUUGAUGUUAUUGAUGUUUUAAACAAUAAAUAGAUCUCCUAUUGAUUGGUUAUUGUUAAAUUGGUUUAGGUUAGUUAUAUGCGAUUGAACAAAUUAUUUGUAUCAUAGGGAGCAGGUGGGUGGAUGACCUAGGCUGAAACCCAUUUCAAUUUUAGUAUUGAAACGAAACAAUAAAAAGUCAGCGAAA